GCACCCAUCCCAAUGACUUUCUUCUUCUCCUCGAUCGAUCCCCCGACUUCAUCCCCAUAACCUAAUUUUACGAUACUGGCACCGCCAAUUCAGCGACAGUGACCAUGUCAGACCUUCGCCAGCGACAGACCGCGAAAGCUACCUCCAAAGCACCAUCCUCGUCCACCACCCCCCGCUCGAAAAACAAUGGCAGUCGCGGCGGCGGCAUCAGCGUCCUGGAUAUCUUCCGCGUGCUGCUUACCCUGGUGGUCGCUUCGUGCGGUCUGUCCUACUACAUGACGGGCGAGUCUGUCCUGUGGGGAUAUCGGCCUUGGUAUACGCGGUGGCCGGUUUUGAAGCAAUAUUUGCAAGGCCCCAUCCACCUAACACCCACCCAACUCACCCUCUACAACGGCACGGACACCUCCCUCCCCGUCUACCUCGCCGUCAACGGGUCCAUCUUCGACGUCUCCGCCAACAGAAUGGUCUACGGCCCCGGCGGCAACUACAACUUCUUCGCCGGCCGCGACGCCACGCGCGCGUUCGUCACUGGCUGCUUCCAGGAGGACCUGACGCCUGAUCUGGACGGCGUUGAGGAGAUGUUCAUCCCUGUUGAUGACGAGGGCGACGAUGCGGGGAUGACCUCUGGGGAGAAGAAGGUGCGUCGUGAGCAGGAUCGAAGGCUGGCGAGGGCGAGGGUGCACAAGCAGGUGGCGCAUUGGGAGGGGUUCUUUAGGAAUCAUCAGAAGUAUUUUUGGGUGGGGGAGGUCGUUACUGAUGGUGAGGGCGAGGAGAAGGAGAAGAGGGUGCUGUGUGAGGCGGCUAGGAAGCAGAGGCCUCUGAGGAAGGAUUUGAAGGGGAGGUCGUAGGUUGGUAGAUUUGUUGGUUGGUUUUAUUGAGUAGUGUAUUGGUUAUGUUGUACACUGGGUGUACAGUUGCAUAUAAGUCUGUUUCUUGU